AUAAAGGAUUUUUGGUGUCCCUAGGAGAAAGACGAUCCAACUAGUACGGCGAACAUAUCGUCACGCGGUUCGCCGAUUGGCGCGUCACACCACUGUGAGAUAUCACGUCACGUGGCCAAUCGUACGAGAGGGUUCCAGAUUCCCGAUUACAUCCUGUUAUUGGAUGGCGCACACACACACACACACACUCGCGAAAUUUGUUGUGCGAAAAUACGCGACGUUGAAGCGUAUUGACACCGGCGGCGGCACGGGAGCAGCAGCGACUACUACGAGCGUGCACGUUCAAGCGUUAUGAGUAUGAACGAGGGUCCGCCGCCAUCGAGAGGAUCAUUUGACGGGCCGAUCAUCGCGACCCGGAUUGUCGCUGAAGAGCGAGAGUCUUGCGGCUGAGAGGACACUUACUGUGAUGCGCCACUGUCCGUUGUCUCGCAAGUACCUCGGCAAUGCGACGAUGAAGACGGCAUUCACGACAAUGACGACGAUGAUGAUGCCACGCGACUGCCGCACCACGCGUGCUGCAUCCCGGCAGUGAUCAGCGCGCACAUUAGUGCUACUACAAUGACGCAAGUACAGGACAACCGAGCGCAACGUGGAACUGUUGUCGCAGUUGCUUGAAUCGUGGAAUCGACUCCCCAACUGUGAACUCGGUCGUCCCGCUGAACGAUCGCCCGCCGGACAAUCCCGGGCGUGAUGGCAACUCACAAGACGGGCGGGCAAAGUGCCCGUAAAAAAGUACAGGUGUCUAUGGUUAUACGUGAUGAGGUGGAGAGGCAGCACAGAGCCGGUGUUAAUUCCUUGCAGUACGAUCCAGCUCUGCACAGGCUAUAUUCCGCUGGUAGAGAUAGCAUUAUAAGGAUAUGGAAUUGCAGAAAUAUGAAGGAGCCUUACACACAAUCCAUGGAACAUCAUACGGAUUGGGUCAACGAUAUAGUGUUAUGUUGUGGUGGCAAGAAUCUUAUAUCCGCGAGUUCGGACACCACUGUCAAAGUUUGGAAUGCACAUAAAGGUUUUUGUAUGUCCACACUGCGUACGCACAAGGACUAUGUCAAGGCAUUGGCGUACGCCAAGGACAGGGAGCAGGUUGCUAGUGCGGGUUUAGAUAAGUCGAUAUUCCUGUGGGACGUUAAUACACUGACUGCUCUUACUGCAAGCAACAAUACAGUGACAACAUCGUCUCUAAGUGGGAACAGAGAUUCUAUAUAUAGUCUCGCCAUGAAUCAAACUGGCACCAUCAUCGUAAGCGGCAGCACAGAGAAAGUUCUUCGUGUGUGGGAUCCACGAUUUUGCACGAAACUCAUGAAACUUCGCGGCCACACGGACAAUAUCAAAGCAUUGGUCUUGAAUAGGGACGGCACUCAAUGUCUAUCAGCCAGCUCUGAUGGCACUAUUAAAUUGUGGUCGCUCGGCCAACAAAGAUGCAUGCAAACGUACAGAGUUCAUAAGGAAGGCGUGUGGGCGUUACUGGCAACAGAUAGUUUUAGCCAUGUAAUAUCUGGAGGCAGGGAUAAGAGAAUAGUGAUGACAGAGUUGGGCUACGCGGAGAGAUACACGGUUAUCUGCGAAGAGAAAGCGCCUAUACUCAAGAUGGCUAUGACGCCAGAUCAAUCUAGUAUUUGGGUGGCGACUAGCGAGUCAACCAUUAAUAAUUGGUCUAUAAGCCAAAAGGACUGGCAAGAGCUUGGAAUCGGAGAUUAUUGCGAUUCCGCCAGUAACGUAUCGGGCGGUGUAAAUAUAUUGAGAAACACUGAACCCACGCAAAAGAUAUUAGGCGGUCCUGCCAUAAGACAUUAUCAUGUGUUAAAUGAUAAAAGACACGUUAUGACGAAAGACACGGAGGAGAAUGUUGCACUGUAUGAUGUAUUAAAGGCGUGUAAAGUAGAAGAUUUAGGCAGAGUCGAUUUCGAGCAGGAGUGUAAAAAGAGAAACAAAAUGGUAUAUGUUCCAAACUGGUUUAACGUUGAUCUCAAGACAGGGAUGUUAACUAUACAUUUAGGGCAAGACGAGAAUGAUUGUUUCUCUGCAUGGGUUUCUGCGAAAGAGACUGGUUUGGCAGAGAACGAUGCUGUAGAUCAAAAAGUGAAUUAUGGGAAUCUAUUGUUGCAAGCCUUACUUGAGCACUGGUGGAGGCCGUUACACGCUGACGACGAAAACGAAGGCAAUAGCAACGAUGGAAAUGGUCCCAUACAUACGAGAGGAGGAAAUCCAUACUUCUCGGUACCUAGUCACACACCUGUCAUUUUCAGCGAAGUGGGAGGCAGAACCCUUUACCGACUAUUAGUCCGAGAUGCCGCAGGAGAGACCGAAGGUGUGCUGUUGAACGAAACAGUACCGCCAUGGGUAGUGAACAUUGUCGUAGACAAGAAUCUUCCGCAAUUCAUUAAGAUACCCUUCUACCUUCUUCCACACGCCACUUCCGGUGUAAAGAGUUUGAAGAAGGAUCGUUUGAUCGCGAAUGAUUUUAUACAAGUGCGCAAAGUGGCAGAGCAUGUUUACGAUAAGGUGCUCGGUGCAGGAAGCGAUUCAGGUUCGGUAGCUGGUGGCGGAAACACGGUAUCUGGUGGAUCUCCAGCGGGCGAUAGAACGAACACCGACUCCAAUGCUGACAAUUCUUCGUUGGCCGAGGAAAAGGUCGAACUCCUGUGUAACGAUCAGGUCUUGGAUCCGUCGAUGGAUUUAAGAACGGUCAGGCACUUUAUCUGGAAAAGUUCGACAGAUUUGACACUUCAUUAUCGCCCUGUUAAAUAGUUAGGAUUAACUACAUUGCAUCAUGAGUCUUUACAGUGUGCCUGGUUUUAUACCAUGAAUAGUGGAAGAUACAUGGGCUAUUUGCAAAAUAUGGUACCUUGUGCCACUGUCUCUUUAGGAAACGAUCACCUGGAUUUCACGGAUGUUUCGUUGGACAACGUCGAGACAAGAGCAAAAAAAAGCAGCGAGGCGUAUUUGGAGUAUUAGGAAUAACACGCGAAGUUCGAAGGCAAUAAUGUGUGGAAGUAUUAAACGUAAAUUGCUCACUUUUAUACACCUGCAUCCUGCGGCCAAAUUCACACUACAGAGCAUUACUCUCGAUCGAUUCGAUCCGCUUGAGAAUAGCAUGCUUUUUGUACCUGGAUGUAGAACUUAAAGCGCUUGUUGUCAGCCACUUAUCGUCUUCCCACGUCCGAGUUAUCAGUAAGAAACAAAUAUGGCACAAAUACGAAGGGAGAAAAUGAACGGAGGGAUAGACCGCAUGGCCGAGAGAAAAUUAUUCGUUUCGUCAGGUCUAAAUGCCAGGUGAUCCUCACGAAUGCUCCUCAAAUUUUUCUUUAUUAAUUCUACUUUAGCUGUAUACUUCGAGUAAAUAGGAUCCUUUCGUUUUAGUAUUGUAAUAAAAAUAUUGAGUAUUUAUUGAAAGUAUGGAAAAAAGAAAUUUAUAAUGUUUUGUUACGUGCAUGCAUGCAAAAUGUACUCCACACCUGCCUUGUUACAUUAGAAAACGAAGAGAAGAAGUACACACACACACACACACACACAUAUAUGAAAAAGAAAGAAGAGAGAUAUGUCAAUUUACCAUUAAUCAAAUUAUAUUUGAAUAGCCAAAUUAGAAGUUCAAUAUUUCCUGUCUCGUUCAAAUGGGAAAUGAAAAAAAAAAGUGUAUUUGUCUGCAAUGUAAUAAGAUCAAAUUCUGUCUCCCGAUCGAAGCUAAUGAAGUAUGAAUAUGUAUGAACAGUAUACAUACUUGACAUACUACUAGGAUGAAUGGAUUCGGAAAAGUAUUCAACGGAAUUUGAUCUUAGAAGAGAUUUAUAAUGAAUAAAAAUUAUGUAGUUCUUAUGUUAACAUAUUCGAUUUUCUAGACUCUAUAUAAAGUGUAUAUAUGAACGCGACUGUGAAUAAUGUCCAUUAACAGUAGGUCGUAAUAUAAUAAAAAUUUAACAAAUCUUACUGUGCAGACAAUUCAAAUUACAAGCCGAUAAUAUGUACUGUUACUGUGCAAAGGUUAAAAAUCUUCAGGGGAAAGAAGUUAUUAUUAGUUCACAUAUUACUACGGUCUGUGAGUUACAUGAUUUGCGUUAUUAAAGUUGUGCGAGCAAAUCCUUUUACAAGUGCAAAAUAAUAUACCAUUAUUAUUAUUUUUAAGCGCUACACAAUGUACGAUAUAUCGCUAUGUUCUGUUAUCAAGCUUGGUUAAACCUCGAUUUGGUAAUGCUUAAUAUAUAUAAGAGUUUAUUUGCUAUUGCUUCCUUUUUUUGCAUUCAUUCACAAGAACUAUUUGUUAAGAUAAUAUGAUAAAGAGACUACUCUUGACUCAUUGAAGGUACGUAGGUGUGCGUGCGUGUCAAAAAACAAAAUGUAUCGUCCUACUUAAGAUUGCCUUAUUUGUUAUCUUGGCAAACAUUGUUUUAAAAGAAAUUGUGCAGCGAACUUAUAUUUUUUUAAUCGUUACGCGAAAUCUUAAAAUAUAAUUUGAAACCAAAUGUAAGUUAGCUUGUAGUAUAAAAAUAUAGUUAUCUUUUAAACACCUCUCAAUACGGUACGUUACGAAGAAGAGAUAAGAAUUGUAAGUUGCGUUUGAUCUUAAAAAUUAUUUAUUACGAUGUGACUCGUACGAUAGUAUAUAUAGUGAUUAAUAAUAAUCAGAGUUAUUCGCGCGGUUCAUUACACAGUUCUCUCAGAGUGUGCUGUACAUAUAUUAGUGUUCUCUAUGCAAAUGUAUCUCUUGCAUAAAUCGAGAUUGAUCAUUUUGCGAUUUUAUUUUUUCGAACAAGUCAGUUUACUUUAAGACAUUCGUUAUCAUAAAUCGAGGGAUUUAUUAUUAAUCGUGAUGUGCCUGAUCAUAGAUCACAAGUUACAGAGGGCAUUUCAAUUGACUUGUAUUGAUAUUUAAAACAAUCCAUAAUUAUACAAGAUACGCAUUACCAUUUUGUUCGUGUUAUACGAAUGACAUUAUAGAAAUUAUAAAGUACGUCGAGAAGUUA